CGCUGUCCGCCCUCGCACGCGCCUCAAGACAUCUCAUCGCAAGUACCCUCGACGCCGACGCCGACGACGGUGACUUCGCCUUUCCUUUCGUUCCGCAAGUAUGAAGUUGAACAUCGCCAACCCCGCGACGGGGCAGCAAAAGACUCUCGAAGUCGACGAUGAGAAGAGAUAUCGUAUCUUCUUUGAUCAUAAAAUCUCUCAAGAAGUUCCCGCCGACUCGAUAGGCGACGAAUGGGCCGGCUACAUCCUCCGCAUCACCGGUGGUAACGACAAGCAGGGUUUCCCCAUGAAGCAGGGUGUCCUCGUCCCUUAUCGUGUCCGUCUCCUCCUUUCCGACGGUCACUCUUGCUACCGCGCACGCAAGGACGGUGAGCGCCGCCGCAAGUCAGUCCGUGGAUGUAUCGUGGCUUCCGACAUCGCCGUUCUCUCCCUCGUUCUCGUCAAGCAGGGUGAGCAGGAGAUCCCUGGUCUUACCGACAACGUCCUCCCCAAGAGGUUGGGUCCCAAGAGGGCGACGAAGAUCAGGAAGUUCUUCAACUUGAGCAAGGAGGACGAUGUCAGGAAGUACGUCGUCAGGAGGGAGGUCAAGAGCUCAAAGAAGGAGGACGCGAAGCCCUACAUGAAGGCUCCCAAAAUCCAGCGACUCGUCACCCCCGUCCGUCUCCAGCGCCGCCGUCACCUCCGUGCCCUCAAGGUUCGCCGGAUCGAACACCAGCGGGACCAGAAGACCGAAUACGAUGCGCUCCUCGCCAAGCGCAUCGCCGAGAAAAAGGAGAAGGUCGCUGCCAUCAAGGCGUCCCACAAGAAGACCGCUUAAAUGAAUCUUUUUGGAUCUUCUGGUUUUCUUACUUCGCGGGUCUCACAUACGUACGGUCGAUGCUCAUCUACCCUCAUGCCUCCGCCUACCCCUCCCCUUGCCGCUGCCUCCCUAUGACUUUCCUACAAUCUGCUGCAUGUCCUCCGUUUUCUUUACCUGUCUCCUUUUUCUAUGCAUGAUGUAUGGCAAGCAUAUCGAACUGGCGUUGAG